AUGUCUUACGGUGGUGGUGGUUAUUCUCGCGGCGGUGAUUCCUACCGCUCACGCGAUGGUGGGAACAAUGGAUACUCCAACGGCGGUGGCUAUGGUGGUGGCCAUGGUGGUGGCCAGGGCGGCUACGGAGGUGGUGGCCGAGGAGGCUUCCAGGGUGGCCAGGGUGGUGAUCGCAUGUCAAACCUGGGCUCCGGCUUGAAGAAGCAAGACUGGGGUAAGUUUCAAUCUCAACAUAGUAUCAUCCCUGGGUUUGAAUCCGAUGGUUCUAACAAUAACUUUGCAGAUCUUGACACCAUGCCCAAGUUCGAAAAGUCUUUCUAUAGCGAGCACCCGGAUGUCACUGCUCGUUCCCAGGAGGAAAUUGAUGCUUUCCGCAAAGAGAAGCAGAUGGUUGUUCAGGGUGUGAACGUCCCUCGCCCCGUUGAGAACUUCGAUGAGGCUGGCUUCCCCCAGUACGUUCUUUCCGAGGUCAAGGCCCAGGGUUUCCCCAACCCUACCGCUAUUCAGGCUCAGGGUUGGCCCAUGGCCCUCUCCGGUCGUGACGUUGUCGGUGUUGCCGAGACCGGUUCCGGAAAGACUCUCACCUACUGUCUUCCCGCCAUUGUUCACAUUAACGCCCAGCCACUCUUGGCUCAGGGUGAUGGUCCUAUCGUUCUUGUUCUUGCUCCCACUCGUGAGCUUGCUGUUCAGAUUCAGGCCGAGAUUACCAAGUUCGGCAAGUCUUCCCGCAUUCGCAACACCUGUGUUUACGGUGGUGUGCCCAAGGGUCCCCAGAUCCGUGAUUUGACCCGCGGUGUUGAGGUCUGUAUCGCUACUCCUGGUCGUCUGAUCGACAUGCUGGAGGCCGGUCGCACUAAUCUGCGCCGUGUCACUUAUCUCGUUCUUGACGAGGCUGAUCGCAUGCUCGACAUGGGUUUCGAGCCCCAGAUUCGCAAGAUCAUCAGUCAGAUUCGCCCUGACCGUCAAACUUGCAUGUGGUCCGCCACUUGGCCCAAGGAUGUGAACGUCGGUUCGCCUGAAUUGUCGGCUAACCACCGCAUCACCCAAAUCGUUGAGGUUGUUUCCGACUUCGAGAAGCGUGAUCGCAUGAUCAAGCACAUGGAAAAGAUUAUGGAAGACCGCUCCAACAAGAUUAUCAUCUUCACCGGUACCAAGCGCGUCGCUGACGACAUUACUCGAUUCCUCCGCCAGGAUGGCUGGCCUGCUCUUUCCAUCCACGGAGACAAGCAGCAGCAGGAGCGUGACUGGGUUCUCAAUGAAUUCAAGCAGGGCAAGAGCCCCAUCAUGGUGGCCACUGACGUGGCUUCCCGUGGUAUUGAUGUGCGCGAUAUUACUCACGUGCUGAACUAUGACUACCCCAACAACUCGGAGGAUUACGUUCACCGUAUUGGUCGUACUGGUCGUGCCGGAAACACUGGAACUGCAAUUACCUUCUUCACUACCGCUGACUCUAAGCAAGCUCGUGACCUGGUUACCAUCCUCACCGAGGCUAAGCAGCAGAUUGAUCCCCGUCUCUCGGAGAUGGUUCGCUUUGGCGGCGGCGGCGGCGGUGGCCGAUAUGGUCGCGGAGGUGGCCGUGGACGUGGAGGCUGGGGCCGCCGAGGUGGUGGUGGUGGCGGUUACGGAGGCGGUUCAGCUGGUAACUCCGCUCCACUUGGCAACAGCCGUUGGUGA